AUGGCGGCACGACAGAUUAUAUUGACCCUAUUCCACACUGAGCGUUGUGGACUGUGUGAUAAUGCCAAAGAGGCACUUUUGAGAGUGCAGAAAACCGUUCCCUUCACUCUCAAAGAGCUGAACCUGAAUAAGCCAGAAUGCCCCAAAGAGCUUGCAGAACGCUAUGUGUUUGAUACUCCUGUUGUGCAUUUGAAUGACAAGUUUUUACUGCAACAUCGAGUGGAUGAGCAGAAGCUUAAGCAGGUGCUGGAGGAUUAUCAAAAGACAGGAAAGCAGCCCACGCCAUUUGUCUAG